AUGUUUUCAAACUAUUCCAAGCUACUCGCUCUCAUUAUAGGGCUUCUAGGCACAUCUGCCUCUGCAGGAGAUUGGACCACGUCCAAGACUCCGUCUGACUUCCAACUAAAGGAGAACGACGUGUAUCCUAUUAUCAGCGACCUCGAUGCUGCUCUCCCCAAUCAGAAAGUCAGUGACAUUAUCGCGAAUACCAACCACGAAAAUCCCAAAGCCCAAGUGCCACUGGUAAAAUCCUCAACCGGCUCAUACACAUGGCCGUCGGGAAGUUUUGAUGAUCGUGGUACAUCAGAUUGGUAUCCGCAGGGUGUCACCACCAGUUCUGAUGCUUAUGGGAAUGGUCUGUAUGAUGGUAUGCAGAUCGACUUAAUUUCAUGGCAUAAUAAUAUUAAGCAAGAUGGCAAAAAUGUGGAUGGAGUGAAAGGCGCCAGGAUCACAUUUGUUGAUCGCCGUGAUUCGAGCAAGACUAAGUAUCGCCAUGUAUUGCUCGUGUUGGGCGAGAAAGACAGCGAUAAUAAGGCAAGUUUCAAGACUCAGAAGUUGCAUGCUGGAGGUAUUAUGUGGUAUGGAGAUUUGCUAUAUGUUGUGGAUACAAGUGCUGGACUGCGCGUGUUUUCCAUGAAGCAUAUAUAUCAAGUCGAUGAUUCUGGCAAAGGUAUUGGCAGGGUUGGAGACAAGUAUCAGGCAUAUGGAUAUAAAUAUGUUAUGCCCCAGAUACGCUCCUAUACUCAUUAUGCUUCGUCGGGGGAAAAUCUACGAUUUUCUUGGAUUUCCCUUGACAGAACAACAAAACCGGACAGUAUCCUCGUUGGCGAAUACUCCAAAGACACGGCAGAAUGCGACAAGCACUGCCGAAUCGUUCGCUGGCCCAUCGACUCCACAAACCGUCUCCUAAAAACCUCCUCACCAGGCGGCAAUCCCAAUGUGCAUCUUGCACUCGCCACCGAGGCUGUAAAACACAACAGAAGAUGGAUCCAAGGCGGUGCCAGCAUCAAGGGCAAGUACUUUAUCACACAGUCUCCAGCAGGCAAAGCCACCGGCACCCUAUUGACUUGGGAUGGAAGCAAAGAGGAGAGAUUUGUGGAUUUCUUCCCCAAGGGACCGGAGGACUUGUCGUAUAGGGAAAAUCAUGGAGAUUUGUGGGCAUUGACAGAACCGCCUACCGAUCAGACUUAUGAUCGUAAGAAAUACCCGGGUAGACACGUUUUUGGUUUCGACCCCAAGAAAGUCUCUUCAUAG